GGAUGCCGCGACAGACUGCAGAAACUCGUCAGUCUCAUACACAACACCUGGCCGAAUAACGAUGUCGUGCUGCGCAUACUGGACGGGUGGAUCAGGCCUCCCCCGACGCUUCUGCGACAGCCCAAAGUGGUCACUAAGCGGGGUUACACGGAGAGACGUAAACAGACCCUUCAAAUGUCAGUGCCUGAGGACCUCGUCGAUUAUGAGCCUCCAAAACGCUUCCGGCAGGUCACAGGGUACCACAGCAGCAAUAGUUUGGGGGUCAAGGUCGCCAACACGGACAGUCGUGUGGUAAUGCAACGACCUCGAGACGGAGCCAAUCAGAGCGAGGCCACUCCCGGAUCAAGCAUCCAAAGCCCCUAUUCCGUCUAUCGGAGUCGUUAUUGGGGCGAGGAGUUACCAGUGAUGGGAUUCGAUGGCUACCGCAGACAGCAGCAACAGCUUCAGCAGCACCCCGUGAUGAUGGAGGAGUUCCACUACGCCGGACGAGCUGUCGACAUGAUCCUAGUCGACGCCAGAUCUAGUGGCUCCUCACGACGCAGCAGUAUCUACCCUGGCAAGCUGGCUCAAUUAGCCUACUAUGGCGCUCUCUUCGACUGGUGCUAUUUCGCGCGUCAGGGACACGUCCACUGUUCCGUCAAGCCUGAUUCAAUCAUCACGUCCCAGUGGUUUGGAUGCUUUCCUGGUUCCGCAAAAGCACUGAGCACCGCUGGCUCACCGAUCCCCUUGUCGGCGCUUCGUGUUGGAGAUUCUAUAAUGACUCUCGAUUCCGCGACAAACACCCUUCGACUCACCCAGGUCAUCGCCUUUAUUCACCGCGAUGAGCACCAGUAUUCGCCGUGGAUCGAGAUUGUCUACGUCCGCGCGGGAGCAUCGACUACGGGGACACUGCGAUUGACUGCUAACCACAUAGUCUACCGUUGGGUUGGUGAGAAAACAGCUGUUUUUGCGAGCGACGUGCGACCGCACGACAAGAUUGCCUGCGACUUCGCCCGUUCAGACAUUCUGUGCCAAGUGAAGGAGGUUCGCUUCAGGAAUUCCACACACGCCGACGUCGGUGUCUACGCACCGCUAACACUAACUGGCGACAUGAUCGUCGACGGUGUGUACGUCUCCUGCUUCGCACAUGUCCACAGCGAGUGGUUAGCGCGACUGGCGAUGCUUCCAUUGCGUUUGAAGCAUGCCCUUUUCGGCGUAACAUCCACCGUUCCGCAGACAGGCGUUCAUCGAUAUGCUGAUUGGUUACUUCAGAUUGCCCGCUUCCUGCUUCCAAAUCAGCUCUUUUUCAGCCCGUUGUGA